UGGCGGUAGCUCGGAGGAUAAAGCCGCUGAGUCCCAUUGUUAGGGUGAUUUAAAGGGGCCGCAUAGUGGGGGAGGCGUAGAGCGCAGGCCGGACAGCGCUUACCGGAACCCGGCCGGGGAGAGGAACCAAGACGGGCCGCAAACACCGGAUCUAACCGAGCACAGCAGCCUGGGGACCCAGUAUACUACAACAUGGAGCCCCCGGCCCCUAAGAGGAGGUGUCCAGGCCUCAGCCCGAGGUACAGAGCGGACUCCCUGCUGGAUCUGAGUGCCAAGAAAGUGGCCGAGACCUGGGCCUUCGAGCAGGUAGAGGAGCGGUUCUCCAGGGUACCGGAACCCGUCCAAAAACGCAUCAUCUUCUGGUCGUUCCCGCGCAGCGAGAAGGAGAUCUGCAUGUACUCGUCUCUCGGGUACCACCCCCCGGAGGGCGAGAGGGACUCGCGGGUCCCGUUUAACCGAGGCCUGCAGCUGCUGCAGUCUGGAGCCGUGCAGCGGGUGCUGCAAGUGGGAUUCCACCUCAGCGGGUCCGUCACGGAGCCGGGCGAUCCAGAACGCGCCUACCAAGUGUCCAUCAGUUUCGACCGCUGCAAGAUCACGUCGGUCAGCUGCGGCUGCGAGAACCGGGACAUCUUCUACUGCGCGCACGUCGUGGCUCUGUCGUUGCACCGCAUCCGGCGGGCGCGCACGGUCGAGCUGCGGCUCCCCAUCUCAGAGACUCUCUCCCAAAUGAACCGGGAUCAGCUGCAGAAGUUUGUGCAGUAUCUGAUCAGCGAGCACCACACCGACGUGCUGCCCACCGCCCAGAGACUCGCCGACGAGAUCCUGCAGCUGGGAUCGGAGAUUAACCGGGUCCACGGAGCCCCGGAUCCGACGGCCGGCGCCGGACGCGAGGACGAAAACUGCUGGCAUCUGGACGAAGAGCAGAUUCAGGAGCAAGUGAAGCAGCUUCUUUCUAAUGGCGGAUACUACGGAGCCAGCAAGCAACUCCAGUCUAUGUUCAGCAAGGUGCGGGAGAUGUUGCGCAUGCGAGAUUCUAAUGGCGCCCGGAUGCUGAUCCUGAUGACCGAGCAGUUCCUGGAAGACCCCCGCCUGGCACUGUGGAGACAGCAAGGAGCUGGGAUGACGGAUAAAUGCCGGCAGCUUUGGGAUGAAUUGGGUGCCCUGUGGGUAUGCGUAGUACUCAGCCCCCACUGCCGUACGGAAGAGAGGGAGUCCUGGCUGGAGCUGCUGCGGAGGUGGAACGCGUUGGACAUCUGCCCCCUGGAGGAGGGUAACUACAGCCUCGAGGGGCCUGGAGCUCAGACACAGCCUCAGGGUUCCGGAGCCAGUCAAGCACCCGCCCGCCAGACCGUUUUUGCCCGGGCUCUGAAAGCAGGAGAGCUGCGCUGGACGGACCCUCACCUGCAGCGUGUUUUGGGGGGCGAGACGUGUGCCCCAGGUUCCGGGGUGAAGAGCCCCACGGACAAACUGUCCUACGACCCGCAGGGUCGCCCGCUGUGGCUGGGCGAUCACUUCCCUGUGGCCUGUGCCCGCGUGGAUGCCUUGCGCUCUCAUGGAUACCCGCUCCAGGCCUUGAGACUCGCCGUCUGCGUGGUGAACACCAUGAGGCUGCAACGGCAGCACCAGAUGGAAAGCUUAAAGCAGCAGAGGAAAGAGUUUCUGUUGAAGGGCAGCACAUCCCUCACUAACCUGGAGGGCUGGGUGGGACACCCUUUGGAUCCCAUCGGUUGUCUUUGUCGGACGUUUCUGGAGGCGAGUCUGCCGGAGGAUGAGGGGCCAGCGCCCUAUCCAGAGCUCGGCAGCGAACAGAGGAAGGUGAUGUACCAGCAUGUCCCGGUGCCGGGAGGUUCCGCCUCGGCCGAGUCCCUCCUUUGCCUCGCCCUUGAGGUGGCCCUCAUGGGACUCGGACAACAGCGGGCGAUGCCUGAAGGACUCUAUGCCCAAGACAAACUUGUGCGUAGCGAGGAGCAGAUCAUUGGCCUCUUGGGGACUCUGGAGAUGGGGGAGCGGCUGGUACAAGUGCUAAGAAAACAAGCAAUGAUGCUUCUGGAGGGCGGUCCUUUCAGUGGAUUUGGAGAGGUGAUCUACCGGGAGAGCGUUCCUAUGCAUACAUUUGCCCGCUUCUUGUUCACCGCUCUCUUGCCGCACGACGCAGACUUGGCGUAUCAGAUCGCGCUUAGAGCUAUGAGACUUCCUGUUCUGGAAUCUAUCCUUCCUCCCCAUGGAUCGGACAUCCUGCCUCUAGACUCCAUGCUGACCAGUCGGUUCCCUCGCUGGUUCAUCCUCGGGCAUCUGGAAACCCGUCAGUGUGAGCUAGCUUCGGCCAUGUUGACCACUGCCAAGGGUGAUCCCAAGUGGCUCCACACCGUCCUUGGAUCCAUCCAGCAACACAUCCAUUCCCCCGCGCUGCUCUUUAAACUGGCUCAGGAUGCCUGUAAGACCGCGACGCCUCCCAAUGGCCCCCCGGACACCACGCUGCUGAACAUCUCUCUGGAGCUGGGACUUCAGGUCAUGAGGAUGACGCUCACAACGCUGACGUGGAGACGCAGAGAGAUGGUCCGCUGGCUUGUCUCAUGUGCCACAGAGAUUGGGGCCCAGGCUUUGAUCAGCAUCAUGCAGAACUGGUACGCUCUCUUCACCCCCAUCGAGGCCACCAGUAUCGUGGCCGUUACCUGCACAUCCCCUGCCACGCUCCUACGUUUCAGUAACGACCCGCGUCAGCGUGAAGAGCUCUGCUCUUGCGCCCGGGCCCUGGCCCUACAGUGUGCCAUGAAGGACCCCCAAAGUUGUGCUCUGCCUGCGCUCACGCUUUGUGAAAAGGACCACACUUCCUUCGAGGCUGCCUAUCAGAUCGUCCUGGACAGCGCCAGCUCGGGCCCCGGCGCUCACUCCCACCUCUUCACAGUCGCCCGUUACAUGGAACACCGCGGCCUCCCGCUCAGAGCCUUCACGUUGUCCACCUUGGCUCUGUCCAACCUCAACAUCGGCUUCAGCCAGGACUCCCACCCAGCUGUCAGCGAUGUCUUGUGGGCUUGCUCGUUGGCACAUUCCUUGGGCAAGGUGGAGCUGGGUGCCGUGGUGCCUCUAGUAAUUAAGAGUGUGCAGUGCGCCCCCGUUCUGUCCGAUAUUCUGCGUCGUUGCAGUUUGGCUCCACCUGGCUUGUCCCAGAGCCUUUCAUCCUCCGGCGCGGGACGAGGAAGGGCAACGGCGAUCCGGGCCGAUAAGCCUCCCCUAUGCCAGCUGCUAGAGGCGGCCGUCGGGGCUUACAUCAGCACCACGCAUUCACGCCUUACCCACAUCAGCCCGCGGCACUACGGGGAAUUCAUAGAGUUCCUCGCCAAGGCCCGGGACACUUUCCUGCUGGCCCCAGACGGACACCGGCAGUUCUCGCAGUUCCUGGACAACCUGAAGCAGACUUAUAAGGGCAAGAAGAAACUGAUGCUGCUGGUCAGGGAGAGGUUUGGGUGACCAUCAGAAGAACGCGGGGGGAGGCCGCAGGGUUCCCCUUCUUCCGUUGGCAGGCAGACACCCUUGUUCCGGUGCGCAUGCACGUGGC